AAUUACUCUUAGUUAUACAAGAGAUAAUUCUUAAGUUCUGAAACAUCAAAAUUUUACAUUUUAUAUAAAAUUAUAGUAUUUGUGUCACUGUUUUAACUUUAUAUUAUACAAAUUUGAAUAAUACUGAAUUGUGAAUUAUGAAUCAUGAACUAACAUGCGCACGCACUAUUAGGGUUAGGUUGAACUUAUGACGUGCGCGAUAUGUGCAAUAUAGUUGCGCGUCUCUAACGUUAAUUAUUGUCUUAUUAUUAGUUGUAGGCUUCGGCAAAAGUUUUACUUUUGCCUUUAAUGUAUUUUAUGAUAAGACAGAAAAACAUGAAUUGAUCAUUAAUUGUGAUUUAAAAGUUAACAUUUUUCUUUGCGAAUCAGAAAGCAACAGUAUACGAACAGCAAGUUAGUGUAUCAGCUUCGUGCAUAUCUAUCAUCAUGUCCAUUCGUCGUAGGACAGAUCCUUUCAUGACACAACGAAUAUGGGAUGCUAUCAAAAUAACUGUACAUCAAAGAAGUUUACCAAGCAAUGAUCGUAUGGUACGACAUCUAGCUCGAGUUUAUGGAAUUACAGAACAAGAGGCCCAGGAAGAAUUAAAUAAAGCAGUUGAUGAUGGACUUGUUUAUUUAAAGAAAGUACCAACAAAAAAUGGUAUAGAGCAAGAGAGUUACAGAUUACCAUUAGAUAUUAUACCUAAUGAUGGUCAUGACUGGUAUUGCUGCAAAUGUCACAAAGCAGGAACUGUGGAAUGCUGUCAACAAUGUCAUAGGGUUUAUCACCCUGAAUGUCAUAUGCCUAGUAACGUUAAAGUGAAAAUAUGUAAUUUUUGUGAAAAUAUAAAUAAUGACACAUAUCCAGAUAAAAUUGAUCUCAAUCACAUUCUGAAUUUUACUUGUGGACAUUUGAAAGCAAAAUUACCACCAGAAAUUACAAAUCGUACUAUCGUUUUUAACAAUGAUCCUAUUGUUACACCAACUAAUAGAUAUUCAGGCACAACUUACAUUAGUGAAGGAGAAGAUGCAUGGCGACCAGGUGUUCUUAUAAAACACCACAUGGACUUAGCAAUCAUGGAUUCAAAAAUUAAGAAAAAUGAAUAUAAUAAUCUUGCUGAGUUUCAAGCUGAUGCACAUAACAUGCUACAUAAUAUCAUUGUAUAUCAUGGAGCUCAUAGCAUAAUAGGAGAAAUGGGUAAUACAAUGUAUCAAGAUUGCUGCUACGAUCUUCAAGAAAUCCGCCGCUGUGCCGAUUGCUAUAGGAUAUCAAAUGAAAAAUCAGAGAAGCUAUGGUUUUGUAUACCCUGUAAUCCACCACAUCAGCUAGUUUACGCAAAACAAAAAGGAUACCCCUACUGGCCGGCUAAAGUGAUGCAAGUUAAUGGCAAUGUUUAUGACGUCCGAUUUUUUGGAGGUCAUCAUAUGCGUGCCAACAUCGAAAAAAUGUUCAUUCGUCCGAUUACCGCCAGUCUACAGAGUUUACAGAUAAAAAGAUCCACUGCUUGGAACAGAGCAUUUGAUGAACUGAAGCAUCAUCAGAAUUUGCUGCUAAAGUUGGGCAAGAGCAUCGGGGAUUUGGACAUCGACGACGAUAGCGAGGGUCCAAAACCAACUAAAAUCCGAAAUAUAGAGUCAUCAGGUUCAAAAAAUACGGCGGGAAAUCCUAAUCCAGCGAAACAACUUUUUAAGGAUUUAAGAGUUAAAGUAGAACGUCUCAGUUCAGACGGUCACAAUGAUAUACCACCAAAUCAGGAGGGAACCUUACAUAACGAACGUUCUUCAAAAACUAAAGCUAAAAGUGAAGAAAGGCAAGUACCCUGCUUGCCAGUGGCAGAAGAUGAACCUGCAAGAGAAAUAUCCAGUACGUGUCCUCAAGGCUUGAAGAAAGAAGGUUCUCAAGAAGAUAUGGUCACAUCUAGUUCUCAAGAACCAAGAACCAAAUGUGUUUUCGUACAGACGGAACAAAUACAAACGGAAACAUUACCUGCGAAGAUAAAGAGGGAACGCAGAACGUCGGAACAACCUACUACAACUGCAUUAGAGAAGCUACGUCGGGAAUUAGAACUGGAAAAAUGUAAAGAAUUGGAAAAAUUACAAGCCGAACAUGCUAAAGAAUUACGACAACUAACAGACAGACACCAACAAAUUAUAUCAGAAAUAAAGAAGAAACAAUGGUGUUAUAAUUGUGAAGCUGAAGCCAUAUAUCAUUGCUGUUGGAAUACUGCAUAUUGCAGUACUGAUUGUCAACAAAUCCACUGGCAACGUGAGCAUAAAAGAGUCUGCCGACGUAAACGUUAAAUUAGUGAUGGGUGUAAUAAGUGCAGUAAAAUUAAGAAGAUUAUGAAAUUGAAAUGAGAAAGAGAUUGAAAUUGCUGUAUUUAUAAAAAAGAGGAUGCUUUGUAGAAUUAUAUUAAUAUAUUCUUGACACUAA